CCGCCCGCAGCUGCUGGGACUCCACUUUCACUUUCGGUCCCGGGGCUGCAGGCAGGCAGCGGUGGCGCGAGGGUGAGUCGAUCUGUCCCGAUCCCCAGGCAGGCCGCGAGUGUCCGGGGUUGGCUGGCAGGGAGCGAGCUGCGGAGCCAAGGAGGGAGCGAUCGGGACUUUUUUUUCCUGAACUUGCCGCGAGGCGGGAGGUAGUUUGAGCAAGAAGAUGGUGUCUCUGCCCCUCCCAUGGCCACUUACAAGCAUGUUAUUUCUACUUUCCUCACUCUUGACUCUGACAACUCCUUCAUGGUGUCAGAACAGUGAUGCUACAUCUCCAAAAGCAAGUGAUGGGACGCCAUUUCCUUGGAAUAAAAUGCGACUUCCUGAGCAUGUCAUCCCAGUUCAUUAUGAUCUUAUGAUCCAUGCAAACCUCAGCACGCUGACUUUCUCAGGAUCCACAGAAAUAGAGAUCACAGCCAGCCAGCCCACCAGUACCAUCAUCCUGCAUAGUCACCGCCUGCAGAUAUCCAAGGCCACUCUCAGGAAAGGAGCUGCCUUGGAGAGAGCAUCUGAAAAGCUGCUGAGGGUCCUGGAGUAUCCCCCUCACGAACAAAUCGCACUUCUGGCUCCGGAGCCACUCCUCACAGGACUCCCAUACACAGUAACCAUUGACUUUGCUGGCAAUCUGUCUGAGAGUUUCCAUGGAUUUUAUAAAAGCACCUACAGAACCAAGGAAGGGGAAGUGAGGAUACUUGCAUCAACCCAGUUUGAACCAACUGCAGCUAGAAUGGCCUUCCCCUGCUUUGAUGAACCUGCCCUCAAAGCGAAUUUCUCGAUCAAGAUCCGAAGGGAGCCAAGGCACUUGGCUAUCUCCAACAUGCCAUUGGUGAAAUCUGUGACUAUUGCUGAAGGACUCAUAGAAGACCAUUUUGAUGUCACUGUGAGGAUGAGCACUUACCUGGUGGCCUUUAUUAUUUCAGAUUUUGAGUCUGUCAGCAAGAUGACCAAGAGUGGAGUAAAGGUUUCUGUGUAUGCUGUGCCUGACAAGAUAAAUCAAGCAGAUUAUGCAUUGGAUGCUGCAGUGACUCUUCUAGAAUUUUAUGAGGAUUAUUUCAGCAUACCAUACCCUUUACCCAAACAAGAUCUUGCAGCUAUUCCUGACUUUCAGUCUGGUGCUAUGGAAAACUGGGGACUGACAACAUACAGAGAAUCUGCACUGUUAUUUGAUGCAGAAAAAUCUUCUGCAUCCAGUAAACUUGGUAUCACAAUGACCGUGUCCCAUGAACUUGCCCACCAGUGGUUUGGGAACCUUGUUACAAUGGAAUGGUGGAAUGACCUUUGGCUAAAUGAGGGAUUUGCCAAGUUUAUGGAAUUUGUGUCUGUCAGUGUGACCCAUCCUGAGCUCAAAGUUGAAGAUUAUUUCUUUGGCAAGUGUUUUGAUGCAAUGGAGGUUGACGCAUUGAAUUCUUCACACUCUGUGUCCACACCUGUGGAGAAUCCUGCUGAGAUUCGAGAGAUGUUUGAUGAUGUGUCUUAUGAAAAGGGAGCUUGUAUUCUGAACAUGUUAAGGGAUUAUCUAAGUGCGGAUGCAUUUAAAAGUGGAAUUGUGCAGUAUCUCCAUAAGUAUAGUUACAAAAACACAAAGAAUGAGGACCUGUGGAAUAGCAUGGCAAGCAUUUGUCCUACGGAUGGCUCACAAUCAACGGAUGGUUUUUGCUCUAGAAGUCAGCAUUCCUCUUCAACCUCACACUGGCAUCAGGAAAGUGUGGAUGUGAAAACCAUGAUGAACACCUGGACACUGCAGAAGGGCUUUCCCCUGAUAACCAUCACAGUGAGAGGGAGGAACAUACACAUGAAGCAAGAGCACUAUAUGAAGGGAUCUGACUCAGAAACUGGGUACCUAUGGCAUGUUCCAUUGACAUACAUUACUAGCAAAUCAGACUCAGUUGGUAGAUUUUUGCUGAAGACAAAGACAGAUGUGCUCAUCCUCCCAGAAGCAGUGGAAUGGAUCAAAUUUAAUGUGCGAAUGAGUGGCUAUUACAUUGUACAUUAUGAGGAUGAUGGAUGGGAUUCUUUGACUGGCCUUUUAAAAGGGGCACACACAACUAUCAGCAGUAAUGAUCGGGCGAGUCUCAUUAACAAUGCAUUUCAGCUUGUCAGCAUCGGAAAGCUAUCGAUUGAAAAAGCCUUGGAUUUAACCCUGUACUUGAAACACGAAACUGAAAUUAUGCCCGUGUUCCAAGGUCUGAAUGAGCUGAUACCCAUGUAUAAGUUAAUGGAGAAAAGAGAUAUGAAUGAAGUGGAAACUCAAUUCAAGGCUUUCCUCAUCAGGCUGCUGAGGGACCUCAUUGAUAAGCAGAUAUGGGCGGAUGAAGGCUCCGUCUCAGAGCGAAUGCUGCGGAGUCAGCUCCUCCUCCUUGCCUGUGUGCGCAAGUAUCAGCCUUGUGUGCAGAAGGCAGAAGGCUAUUUCAGAGAGUGGAGGGAAUCCAAUGGAAAUAAGAGCCUGCCUAUCGAUGUGACCUUGGCAGUGUUUGCUGUGGGGGCCCAGAACACAGAAGGCUGGGAUUUUCUUUAUAGUAAAUAUCAGUCUUCUUUGUCCAGUACCGAGAAAAGCCAGAUUGAGUUUGCCCUUUGUACAAGCCAAAAUAAAGAAAAGCUUCAGUGGCUACUAGAUCAAAGUUUUAAGGGAGAUAUAAUAAAAACUCAGGACUUUCCAUAUAUUCUUACACUCAUUGCCAAAAACCCAGUGGGAUAUCCAUUGGCCUGGCAGUUUCUGAGGGAAAAUUGGAAUAAGCUGGUACAAAAAUUUGAACUUGGCUCGUCUUCCAUAGCCCACAUGGUAAUGGGAACAACAAAUCAAUUCUCCACAAGAACACGGCUUGAAGAGGUAAAAGGAUUCUUCAGCUCUUUGAAAGAAAAUGGUUCUCAGCUUCGUUGUGUCCAACAAACAAUUGAAACCAUCGAGGAAAACAUACGUUGGAUGGAUAAAAAUUUUGAUAAAAUCAGAGUGUGGCUGCAAAAUGAAAAGCUUGACCUGCUGUAACAAUUCAUUUCUUGCCAAGUUCCUAUGAUCUAUAAUCACCAGAAUUUUGUUGAAUGUGAAUGUUUUCAAAUAGCAAUGGUCAUUUUGGCUCCAGCUGAAGAUACUUCCUUUCCCCCUCAACUCUCUGCAUUUGAGCAUUUCACCCAACAGACAGCAAUUAUUUUUUUCAUCAAUGGACUGUGGCUGCUAUUUACAGGUGCCUUACGAUGUAAACCCAAGUGGUGAGUUCCCUACCACAGAGUAAAGGACCUGAUUCUUUUUGUUUUAUAUUUUAUGCUUAAGACAUGCAGUGUCCAAACCCCUGUGCCCCAUGUGUCUGUCAUAAGCUGGCUCAUUAAUGUCCUUGUUAAGAUGUAAUAGUGAAUACUGAACAAUGAACACUGGAUGAAUAAUUAAGGCAGAAAUAGCUAUGCUGGAGCUCUCCCGUUGACCCUUCCAGAUAUGUUGUCCACUCUUUCUUCCCACUUCAGGUCCAGGUGCUGAUGUGUAGGGCCCAAGUCAUCAGGCUUCCUUGUCCUCUGAAUUUAGUCAAUGGCAAGCCCAUGAGUUUGGAGCUGGGGUUGGGUGAGGAGAAGGUGCAAAUAUUUAUUCCUUUGCAGGCUGCCACAGACUGCUCUCCACCAAAGGCCAUAGCUCUUGGGAGGUGGCCCUUUUUUCCACAGUCUUCUCCAUCUCUGGAUUCUGUGAUCCUUUCUGCACUAGGAAAUGCAAUGGGAGCCUGGCACUACCAGUCCUGGAGAUUGUGAUUUUCACACAUGCUGCCCACAUCUUCGUAAAACAUCCUUGUUUAGAACCCUCCUCAGAUUAUUCUGAAUGUCAACUAUUUUCUCAGGAACACUGAUAGAGUAUCCCUUCUGGAAAAAAGUAUAGAGUGCAUUCAGGUCCAUAGGACACACCUUUCAUUUGCUCUGGAGAGCUGUUGAUUCUUAGGUAGAGAGGUGAUGAUUUCCCCUUCUGCUCCUCAUUUGAUAUAGUUUUUAAUUCCCAAAUAAUACAUCAUUGGCAUUUAUUGCCAAUAAAUCAUUGUAGAGUCAAAAAUAUAUGUUAAUACACUGGGAACCCAAAAUUAUUUGCUUAUUUUAGGCUAAAUAAAGACAAUGUAUUAUUUGGUUUUGGAGACUUACAUGUGAAUUUUUGAAUAUAUGACAUUUUUUAAUAUAUUGCAUAUUUCAAGAUAAAGGCAUAUGAUAGUCACAAAAAAUGUUAAAAUAUGUUGCUCUAAUACACUAUGGAAUACAGUGACUCUUGGAAAUAAAUGUGUUUACUAUUUCAUUUUAUAUUUAUUGGAUGGUUGAUGUUUUAAGAAUUAAAAAAAUUUAAAAACUCACUGGUAAUAUCUCCUUAGACUAAUUUACUUCUAACAAUAAUACAAAGCCACAAUUUUAAUGUAAAAUAUUUUGCUUUAAUGAUGUUUUAUUUCUUGAUUAAUGAAACACAGAAAUAUUGAUUUUCAAUUUUGGUCACUUGAGGAAACGAUCUACUUUGGAAAAACUGAUUUUCUAAACAGAUACAAUAUUGCCACAACAAUGUGUGGAAACCUUUUUGGUAAUAAAAAUAUUUGUCUGUUCUUUA